ACUUUGGGACCCAUAGAGACACAUUGGGACCCAUAGAGACACACUGGGACCCAUAGAGACACGUUGGGACCCAUAGAGACACAUUGGGACCCAUAGAGACACGUUGGGACCCAUAGAGACACAUUGGGACCCAUAGAGACACGUUGGGACCCAUAGAGACACGCUGGGACCCACAGACUCCCCCACCUCCCUGCAGCCUGUUCCAGCGCUCCUCCCCUCACUGCACAGCCGUUCCUUCGCACAUUGCUGCACAACUUCCUAUGCUGCAGUUUCCGGCUGUUUCCCCUCAUCCUGUCUCCACUCCCCACUGAAAAGAGUCCAUCCUCGCCAUGCUGCCCCCCACACCUCAGAUAUUGACAGACCUGGAUCAGCUCCCCUCUCAGCCUUCUUUUCUCCAUGCUGAACAGACCCAGCUCACUCAGCCUUUCUCCAUAGCAGAGAUGCUCCAGGCCCCUCACCAUCUUGCUGGCCCUCCGCUGGACUCUUCCCAAGAGCUCCCUGUCUGUUUUGUGCUGGGCAGCCCAGAACUGGACGCCGUGCUCCAGGUGAGGCCUCAGCAGGGCAGAGCAGAGGGGGAGGAUCGCCUCCCUCGCCCUGCUGGCCACGCUCUGUGCAAUGCAGCCCAGGAUGCCAUUGGCCCUCUUGGCCACAAGGGCACACUGCUGGCUCAUGGCAACCUGUCGUCCACCAGGACACCCAGGUCCCUCUCCGCAGAGCUCCCCUCCAGCACCUCAUCCCCCAUCCUGUACUGCUGCAUGCCAUUAUUCCUCCCCAGAUGCAAGACUCUACACUUGCUGUUGUUAAACCCCAUCUGGUUUCUUCCUGCCCAGCUCUCAGCCUGUCCAGCUCUCACUGAAUGGCAGCACGGCCUUCAGCCAAUCCUCCCAACUUCGUAUCAUCACAAACUUGCUGAGGGUGGCCAUUAUCCCCUCAUGAAGGUCACUGAUGAAGAUGUUGAACAAGACCGGACCCAGCACAGACCCCUGAGGAACACCGCUGCUUACAGGCCUCCAACCGGACUCUGCACCACCACCAACGACCCUCUGUGCUCUGCCACUCAGCCAGUUCUCAACCCACCUCACUGUCCACUCAUCCAUCCCACACUUCCUCAGCUUUGUUAUAAGGAUGUCGUGGGGGACAGUAUCAAAUGCCUUGCUGAAAUCAAGGUAGACUACAUCCACUGCUCUCACCCUGUCCACCCAGACUGCUCUUCCUGAGAAGAAAUUGCUCCUAACAUCCAACCUGAGAUUAUGAACUUUCCCUCCUCUUUCUCUGAGAGGUACCACGCGGAACUGCUGCUUUUUUUCCCAGCAAAUGACAAGAACUUUUCCCUGCCUCACGUAUCCAACGCCAUCAGGGGAAGCAACUUCACAUCACAUACUGGUAAGGCAUAGAAAAUGCCAGAGUUUGUCUUAAAAAGUGCAAAUAUCAAUGUGUGUUUGAGGAGAAAAUGAAAGCGCCUGCUUUGUCACCAGAACAAAGGAAGUUAAGGGAAGGUUAUUAACAUUUUCCUCUUUAGGACAAGGAAAAGAGACUGCAGGAUUUGCUGUGGGCACAAUGUGGAAAGGAGGAAAACAAAGUAUGAUGUUUGGUAUAGGAGAAAUAUGCAAGCUGGGAAAGUGAAAAAGAAACUGAAUGGUGGAUUUAGGAGAAGACGCUGUCAGGGACUGUGCAGGAUUCAAUUGAAAGGAACAGAAACAGUUGGGGAAAGGAACAGAACCCUAAAUGGCCCUUACUUCUAAUGGGAAACCAAAACCUUGUAACAAAACGGGAUGCACGCACGGCCAAGCUCAAAUGAAGGUCUUGGUGCACUGGCUGUACAAGCAGAUGUCGCUGGGAACACGAGUCAAAUAAUGGCUUUAAUUCAACUGCCCAGACUCAAACCAAAGAACCAACAUGAAUUACGAGCUGCGCUACAUAAAGGCUUUGCAAAAAGAGCGCGGAAAUGCAGGGGAUCUUCUGCACAGCCUGCAGAUUUAUGCCAAGAGGAUGAGGAGAGCAGAGGGGCACCAGAGGGGUGGGGGAAAUGCAAGGGCGUGCAGGGCUGGUUGUCAGAGCAGCAGGGAGGCACAGAGAGCAUGAGAAGAUCUUUGAGGUCCUUUCCAGCCUUAAUGAUUCUAUUCUAAGACAAAGACAAUGCAGAGAACUCGGCGAUGGGGGGAGGAGGGGGGGAAGAAAAAACAACCAGCAAAGGUAGAGUAUCUAUUUGGUUCAUUCUUUUAUCAAAGUACUUGGAAAAAGAGAUGGGAAUGCUGCACGUGAUCUUUUUGUAGGUUUUCGGGAGGGAAAAUAGGCAUGCAUGCAAUUUCCUACAGGGAGGAAAACAGGAAAAUGUGUGAAUGGGACGUGCAAGUAUAGAAGGUGUCACAUGAAUCACAGAAUUGUAGGGGUUGGAAGGGACCUUCAGAGCUCAUGGAGUCCAACCCCCCUGCCAAAGCAGGUUCCCUACAGCAGGUCGCACAGGUUGGCAUCCAGGCAGGUUUUGAACAUCUCCCAUGAAGCUAAAUGGAAGACGACCAAACUCUCCCAUUUUCUUUCCCAGGGAGAGCAAAUGCACAAGCAUGGCAGUAAAACACAUCAAAAUAAUGGGAGGAAGAGGAGCACAUGGAAAAGUAUGCCCAUAAUGCUAACAGUCAUCUGCAUUACUCUUAUCUCACCAGGGGAGACUAUGCUAUUCCCAUUGUAACAGACCAUGAACUUCAAACUGUGGAUAUGUUUAAGGCUUCUGAUUGUAUUCAACUCGUAACACUUCAGCAGUAAGGUUUUAACAAAGAAGAGCCAGGUUACAGGUUAAAAAAAUGUAUGAUAAUGAAGAGACUCAACGAAAACAAUUAAGGGAGACUGAGAAGAAAGAAUGCUGUAAUCAGGCAGCCAAAAAAGAGGAAAGAGAAGAAAAACGACGCUCCGUCUCUCAGCUAGCAGAGAUAGAGAGGCAGAAUAAGCCAAGCAGGAAAAGCACACUGGGUUGGGGAGCUGAGAGUGAAGCUGAAAUGACACAGUCAAGGCAGCUGUGCUCAGUGCCCUCUGCUCCUUUCCCCUGGCAGCACGGUUAG